GCGAAACCCUUUGCAAGACACCCUGAAAAAGCUUCCGACUCGCGGGAGGCGGGUUCGGGACGUGCUGACGUCAGGGCACGCAACACGUCAGAGACCGGGAGGGCGGGGCCAGUGGGGGACCGGCUGCUGGGAGAGCCGCGGCCCGAGCCGGGGCCAUGGCGAAGCUGCUGAGCUGCGUCCUAGGCCCCCGGCUCUACAAAAUCUACCGGGAGAGGGACUCUGAAAGAGCCCCGUCCGGCGUCCCUGAGACUCCAGCCUCAGUCACUAGCCCCCCUUCCAGCUCCUGGGAUACGUACUAUCAGCCCCGUGCCCUGGAGAAACAUGCUGACAGCAUCCUGGCACUGGCUUCGGUCUUCUGGUCCAUCUCUUAUUACUCCUCUCCCUUCGCCUUCUUCUACUUGUACAGGAAAGGUUACCUGAGUUUGUCCAAAGUGGUGCCGUUUUCUCACUAUGCUGGGACAUUGCUGCUUGUACUGGCAGGUGUGGCCUGCCUCCGAGGCAUCGGCCGCUGGACCAACCCCCAGUACCGGCAGUUUAUCACAAUCUUGGAAGCCACACAUCGGAACCAGUCUUCAGAAAACAAGAGGCAGCUCUCCAACUACAACUUUGACUUCAGGAGCUGGCCAGUCGACUUCCACUGGGAGGAGCCCAGCAGCCGGAAGGGGUCCCGAGGGGGCCCUUCCCGCCAGGGCGUGGCCCUGCUUCGCCCAGAGCCCCUGCACCGGGGGACAGCAGACACCCUCCUCAACCGGGUUAAGAAGCUGCCUUGUCAGAUCACCAGCUACCUGGUGGCACACACCCUGGGGCGCCGGAUGCUGUAUCCGGGCUCUGUGUACCUGCUCCAGAAGGCCCUCAUGCCUGUACUGCUGCAGGGCCAGGCCCGAUUGGUGGAAGAGUGUAAUGGGCGCCGAGCAAAGCUGCUGGCCUGUGAUGGCAACGAGAUUGACACCAUGUUUGUGGACCGGCGGGGGACAGCUGAGCCCCAGGGACAGAAGCUGGUGAUCUGCUGCGAGGGGAAUGCAGGGUUCUAUGAGGUGGGCUGUGUCUCCACACCCCUGGAAGCUGGGUAUUCAGUCCUGGGCUGGAAUCAUCCAGGCUUUGCUGGAAGCACGGGGGUGCCGUUCCCGCAGAAUGAGGCCAAUGCUAUGGAUGUGGUCAUCCAGUUUGCCAUCCACCGUCUGGGCUUCCAGCCCCAGGACAUUAUCAUCUAUGCCUGGUCCAUCGGUGGCUUCACUGCCACAUGGGCAGCCAUGUCCUACCCAGACGUUAGUGCUGUGAUCCUGGAUGCCUCCUUUGAUGACCUGGUUCCCCUGGCCUUGAAGGUCAUGCCGGACAGCUGGAGGGGGCUGGUGACCAGGACUGUGAGGCAGCAUCUCAAUCUAAACAACGCAGAGCAGCUGUGCAGGUACCGGGGCCCUGUGUUGCUGAUCCGGAGAACCAAGGAUGAGAUCAUCACCACCACGGUUCCUGAGGACAUCAUGUCCAACCGAGGCAACGACCUUCUGCUGAAGCUCCUGCAGCAUCGGUACCCACGUGUGAUGGCAGAGGAGGGUCUCCGGGUGGUGAAGCAGUGGUUGGAGGCCACCUCACAGCUGGAGGAAGCCUCAGUUUACAGCCAAUGGGAGGUGGAUGAGGACUGGUGCCUGUCCGUCCUACGCUCCUACCAGGCAGAACAUGGGCCUGACUUCCCCUGGAGUGUGGGCGAGGACAUGAGUGCAGAUGGACGGCGGCAGCUGGCUUUGUUUCUGGCUCGGAAGCAUCUGCACAACUUUGAGGCCACACACUGCACCCCACUCCCAGCCCAGAACUUCCAGAUGCCGUGGCACCUCUAGGGACCAUACUAAGACUCAUUCUGGAAGAAUGGGAUGAGAGGAGACAUGAGAAAGACCCUCUUUGUGAUUCUCUGUGUUCAUGUUGCUGUUUAUAGUUUGUGGAAAGUGGGGGACCCGUGCCCCUUCUCACCACUGUUCCCCUUGCACGUUCCCCUCAUCUAUGUGGCAACCACUUCCUUCUCUGAUGCAUACCCUGCAUUAAAUGAAUGGAUUAUUCCUAAUCAUUAAUAAAAAGAUAUUUUUUCUACUA